UGGACCUCAACCAAAAAGGUUGUCAACCACAAAAGUAGACAGGUGGAGACGCGGGUUCAGCGCCAGAUAAUGUAUGAAGAUGGAAAGGUGGUGGAAGACAGUGGACCUCAAAUUACUACUAAAACUACAGAAGACAAUCAUAAAGAGGAAACAGAAAAUACAGAUUACAAAGCUACAGGUGGCGAUGAUCUAAGCCUAGAUGAUCGUGGAUCAGCCCGACUGGUCACUGAAAAAAUUGUGACCAAGCACACCGUAAGAGAAAACAAAGAAGAAAGUAAACAGCUCUGUGAUGAAAGUUUCCAGGAUGUUACAGGCACAGAUUUUCUUAACAAGAUACCAGACCAUAGCGAUGGAUUUCUCAGUCAAGGGGAAGAUCUCAAUAAGUCAUUACAAGAAAAAAUCAUUCAUUAUUUUUAGCUAUGAUCAGAAAGUGAGAGAUAAGGAGGAGAUUAAAGAAGUAUCUGAACUGAAAAAUGGAGAACUGAUCACAGAAACCUCCAGGACACAACAUUACGAGGAUCAACAUGAAAUUCUUGAGAAUGAAGCUUACGAAGCAACAAUGUCAAAAUUCUCUACUGAAAUUAACAAAAACACUGAGUACUAUGAAGAUAGAUCGGAGAAUAUGAGAAUACCACAAGAGAGAGAACAAAAUAUUCUGAGACGAGAUUCAAUUACUAAAGCAGACCUGGAUGUUGAAAAAGAAGAAAUAAAAAAGUAUAACGCAAACCGUUGGCUAAAACAUCAUUUUGGUUCAGACAGUAGAAGUGAAUUCGAACCAUUACAGACAAAACAAACUAAAAAGGUUAUACACGUCCAGUUCACCGAAGACUCCAAAAUUCCUUCUCAUACUCAAUUUGACAAAGAAUGUGUAAAAAGUGACCUUACAUUUCCUCAAGGUUAUGAAGAACAAAACAAAAAUUAUUUAAGUAAAACGUUUCACGAAAAAACUAAAACUAAAAAUUUUCUAGGAAUAUCAGAGUGGGAUUCAAAACCACGGAAGCUUUCUGAGGCUCAAACAUCAGCUUUACCGUCACAUAAAGAAAGCGCCAAAACUACUCCACUGGCUGGUUUAGGAAAAGACAACUUUAACUAUAUCUUAUCCAACUAUCAGCUAAAUUCGCCGAGACAAGGAUCUUCACGUCUGUUGUCUCAGUAUAUUCCACGGAAGUCAAAAGCUUUUGUCAUAGAUGAAAACAAAACUACACUAGAAGAAGAAGAUAGAGACAAGAAAAAUAAAGAGCACAAAUUAGAGGUUUUCCAUUCAGAAAACCAGACUCCCGAUAAUGGUUCUUCUUACAAUGAAGUAUCACGUAAUCUCGCAGUUUCUGAGGAAGGCAUGCCUCUUUCCACGGGGACUUUUAUAAUUCCGUUAUGUUACACAUCCUUCCACAGAAUACAAGAUUUAUAGAUGAGUCUUCACCUCAAACUAUUGAUAGAGCAGAUCGCUUUGUCCAAGUGAA